GUGUGCUCCAGCGGCAUGAGCUGCCGGCCCGAGCUGUGCCUGGGUUAUGUCUGCCCGCCCAUGACCUGUGUGCCUUCCGUCAUGCCCAACACCUACCGGCCGGCCAGCUGCCUCUCCAAGACCUACUUAUCCAGCUCCUGCCGACCCAGCAGCUGCCGGCCGACUGGCGGCAUCUCCAGCUCCAUGGGUACCUGCGGCUGGUUCUGCGAGGGCUCCUUCAAUGGCAACGAGAAGGAGACCAUGCAGUUCCUGAACGACCGUCUGGCCAACUACCUGGAGAAGGUGCGGCAGCUGGAGCAGGAGAAUGCCAACCUGGAGAGCAAGAUCCAAGAGGCCUGCCAGUCUCAAGUGCCCGUCAUGUGUCCUGACUACCAGUCUUAUUUCAGGGUCAUCGAGGAACUGCAGCAGAAGGUUCUGUGCACCAAGGCAGAGAAUGCCAGGAUGGUCGUGCAGAUUGAUAAUGCCAAGCUGGCUGCCGAUGACUUCAGGACCAAGUACGAGACGGAGCUGGCCCUGCGGCAGCUGGUGGAGGCUGACACCAACGGCCUGCGCAGGAUCCUGGAUGAUCUGACCCUGUGCAAGGCCAACCUGGAGGCCCAGGUGGAGUCCCUGAAGGAGGAGCUGCUCUGUCUCAAGAAGAACCACGAGGAGGAAGUCAGCGCCCUCCGAUGCCAGCUGGGGGACCGCCUUAACAUCGAGGUGGACGCUGCGCCCCCUGUGGACCUGAACAGGAUGCUGGAAGAGAUGCGAUGUCAGUACGAGACCGUGGUGGAGACCAACCGCCGGGACGUGGAGCAGUGGUUCAACAUGCAGAUGGAGGAGCUGAACCAGCAGGUGGCCACGAGCUCGGAGCAGCUGCAGACCUACCAGUCGGACAUCAUUGAUCUGAGACGCACCGUCAACACGCUGGAGAUCGAGCUGCAGGCCCAGCACAGCCUGAGAGACUCGCUGGAGAACAUGCUGACGGAGACGGAGGCCCGCUACAGCGCCCAGCUGGCUCAGAUGCAGUGCAUGAUCGGCAACGUGGAGGCCCAGCUGGCCGAGAUCCGGGCCGACCUGGAGCGGCAGAACCAGGAGUACAAGGUGCUGCUGGACGUGCGGGCCCGGCUGGAGUGCGAGAUCAACACGUACCGGGGCCUGCUGGACAGCGAGGACUGCAAGUUGCCCUGUAACCCAUGCUCCACUCCCUCAUGUCCCCCCUGUGUGCCCUCCCCAAAUGUGCCCCACACGGUCUGUGUGCCCCACAUGGUCUGUGUGCCUUGCAUGCCCUGCCCCCCGGGCCGCUACUGAAGUCCCUCAGUGCUGGUGGAUGGAUCCUGGAGGGACCAGAGCUGGGCAGCUGGU